GCCUCGGGAACCUCGAGCGAGCUGCGAGGCGAGGCAGUCAGUCGCUCUCAGCUACGACAUGCAUAACGCAUGAGAGAGCUCGAGCGAGAUCUUUUGCGAGUCCGUCGUCCCUCCUCUCUCGCGCGCGCGCGCACGUACUACACACGUAUAUACACACACGUACAUACGACACAGAAUCUCUCUCUUUCUCUCGCACAGUUUUUCUCUCCUCUCCUCUCACUCACUCUCUCUCUCUUUCUUUCUCUCUCUCUCUCUCUCUCUCUUGUACACACAUACACAGACGCACAGACACACGCUCGAUCUGGCUCGCUCGCUCGCUCGCACGCUCUCGCGUCUCUCCGCACGCUCGCGCACUCGGGAGAGACAAACCGUACGCGAGGAAAGCGUACACGCGUACGCGCACCACCGGAGGAGACACCGCCGUGCAACCUUUUACUCGUCUGCCGUACCGCUUCUGGUUCUGGUGGCCGUCCUCGCUCAGCAACGCUCGUCCAAGUGGAUCCGUUCGCCCGCACCCUCUGGAGUACAAGACCGGUCGUGACCGUCUUCGGUGAACGCCGAGCCGUCGACGUCCACGGUCUCGGCUACGCGAGUGUCGCCGCGUCGUCGUCGUCGUCGUCAUCGUCGUCGUUGUCGUCGUCGUCGUGCUCCGUUUCGGACCAACGUCCUCAGUGAUACCAGGAUCCGGUGAUGAGUGAUGAUCCUCGGUAAAGAACCGAACGACCGCGAGUGAUAACCCGUUUUCGUUUUACGCCGCGUCACGGCAGCAAGUCAGCUCGGAUAGUCCGAGAGACACUUGGCUGACCACGAGGGUGAACCGUCGUGGGUGUUGGACGUUCGAAGCUGGACACCGUCUCCGACGGGGACCACCCCCGGAGGACGAGAGUCGCGGCCCUAGCGGAGGGUGUUUCGGUAAUCCGCACCGUUGUCACGGAUUUCCAACGGAGCUGCGCGGAGAUAUUAUGGACUAUCGGUUGUUUGCACGCGCAACCAUGUCGCUCACCAGGGAUUUCGAGUGUCCCCGCAAAAGAUGGACUGUGCGCUGCGUGUGACUCGUGAUCGCUGAUCAAGAGCGAGGGAUAGAGAGAAAGGACUCUGAAGCAUUUCGGUUGUUCGUCAUCGUAGACAUCCCGGUGGACGUCGGGAACGUGUUCGGUGUUCGGAGCAUUGGUUCCCUGUGAGAAGGAAACGGAGUAACCGGGUUUACGAGUGGAAGAAGCAACGUCCGAGGAUCGAGGAAAGGGGAACAGAGAUCCGGCCAGCGAGGCUAGAUAGGAAGCAAGAGUGCACCACAGGAUAGGGGUGCCUUGCAGGGGCAGCCCGAACCGAAGGCCACGAUCCGAGGGAGAUAAUAAACCAACAGCGAAGCGGGUUUCGCGAAACCUCCGGACGAGGGGAAGUAGAUGGCCGCUACCACGUACAUGCCGAUUGGUAGCGCAGUGUCGUCCGAGCUUGAUGGUGGUUCGGGUACCGCGAUUGGGAUGAACAUCGCCGUGGGUGGCUACUCCUCGAGCUCGCCUCGCAGCGCCGCCGACGCCGGGGAGAUGAAGUAUAUGCCGGCGCCGCAACAUCAUCACCACCAUCAUCAUCAUCACCAGGUGUCGUCGUCCCCGUCGCCAAAUGGUCUGUCGCACCCGACGGCGAGCCUCUCGGCGGCGAAUCCAUGGGUGAGCCUGCAGCCGAGCAGCGACCACUGGGCGUCCUCGAUGGGCAUGCACCACACCAGCCAUCAUCCGCACCAUCAUCCGCACCAGACGAACGCGGCCGGCGGUUUGGUGGACGUGAAACCGUUGGCGGCGGCGGCGGCGACGGUAGCGGCGGCCGCGGCCGCUGCCAACGACCAGUCGAUGCAUCCGCACCGCGGCGGUCCUCAUCAGUCGCCGGGAAUGGCAUCGCCGCAUCCUUGGCACGCGCCCGUCGUCCCGUCGGCGCAUUAUAAUCCGAGCGGUGGCGCGGCCUCGCCCACCACCCUGCAACAACACUAUGUCGCGAUGAACGGCAUGCUGCACUCGCACCCGCAUCAACAUCAUCCCCAGCUGCACAAUCACCAGACCGGUCUCCAUCCGAACCUAAGGGACCCGGGCUCGCCGGUCGGCCACGCGCUCCAUCCCGGCCACGCGCACGACCGGGACCACAGCGGCGAGGACGAGCAGCCGACCUCGGACGACCUCGAGGCGUUCGCGAAACAGUUCAAGCAACGGCGGAUCAAGCUCGGCUUCACCCAGGCGGACGUCGGCCUCGCGCUCGGCACUCUCUACGGCAACGUCUUCUCGCAGACGACGAUAUGCAGGUUCGAGGCUCUACAGCUGAGCUUCAAGAACAUGUGCAAGCUAAAGCCGCUGCUGCAGAAGUGGCUCGAGGAGGCGGACUCUUCGACCGGCUCGCCGACGAGCAUCGACAAGAUCGCCGCCCAGGGCAGGAAGCGGAAGAAGCGCACCUCGAUCGAGGUGACGGUGAAGGGCGCCCUCGAGCAACACUUUCACAAACAGCCGAAACCGUCCGCGCAGGAGAUCGGCAGCCUCGCGGAGAAUCUACAGCUCGAGAAGGAGGUGGUCAGGGUGUGGUUCUGCAACCGACGGCAAAAGGAGAAGAGGAUGACGCCGCCGAACACGCUCGGCGACGGUAUCAUGGAGGGCAUGCCGCCCGGGCAUCAGGGACAGGCGGGCCUCCACCAGGGUUACCAUCCGCAGGAUCACCUGCACGGAUCGCCUAUGGGGCACAGCCACAGUCCGCCGAUGCUCAGCCCUCAGGGUCUCACGGCCCACUCGUUGGCGGCUCACUAGCGUUCGCCCGGGCCUCCCCCGUUGGGCCUCUCGAUAACCUCACAGAACUCGGCGAACAAUCAUCCGGUGGCUUCCUCGCCGCCGGACACGCUCCCUCCGUUCUAUCAUCACUACCUACAGGCGCGGACCAACAGCUACUCGUCCAACUCGUAGCCGUGGUCCUAGAGCUGUUCGGAAGAGUCUCGCGCGCGUUUAUCGCGCUUCUUCCGAGCGCGAUGCGCCUAGAACGAGGGAGCAAGCGACGAUCGGGCACACCGGCACCACGGACUUUAACCAGAUUCCGGGUGUUCGCCAACUAAACCAGUGUGCCCGACGAGAAUCGCUUUCAAGAUACGCUUCGACGAGGUUCAACGGGGUUUCACGAGGCCGAGCCCGGAUCAUCGGGGAGGCUUGCGAUUAACCGCGAUCGUUGGAUCGCCCAGACACCGCUUCUCAUCGUCAUCCAGCAACGCCAGGGACAUCAUCGUCGUCGUCGUCGUCUACGCGACGGGGACCAAAGGACCCUGUCCAACGUCCGGAUCAUUGAAGAGCGCGCGUUACGUGCACGUUCUUCGUGACCGAUCCGUGCGCGAUACCCUGUGUCGGAAGUGCGUAACCCGUCUACGGUCUAUUCGGUCCGUCCGUUGUUUGCCCGUUCGUUCGUUCGUUGUCCGCUGGUGCCGUUCGUUCGCCACGAGCGAGCCGCAAAAGAAAAGGACCCUCCCGCCGCCCGUCGCCGUUGUCCCGUUUGUUAAUCGUUUCGCGACGGUGUCGACGAUCCAAGGAGGAAAAGAAAGUGCGCGCUGUUCGAAUUUCUUCGACCCACGGCGAAUACGAGGGACGGUUUUGUGCAUCCAGAGAAAGAGAAAGAUAGAGAGAACGGACGGGAAACGCGCGUCGUCCUUCGGGGACGAAUCGAGGUUCGCGCGAUCCGACCCGACGCGGUGCGGAUAUAUUGCGGCGCGACGGACGGACGAUGGCCGUGUAUAUACGAAAGAAAACGAAAGGAACGCAGCCAGAGGCGAAGAGCGGUGUGUUCGCGCGGGAUUUGUUCGAAGCAAACCCGCCGGAUGAUGUAACAUAAGUAAAUAUGGACUGUAAAUAAUGUACUAGAUAAAGCUAGUAAGUUAAGUGUGAGAGCGCGCAGCGUCGACGUUUCGUUGUCGUCGUGGUUUCAUCGUCGUCGUCGUCGUCAUCGUCGUCGUCGUCGUCGCUGCCGCCACCGCCGCCGCAGCAGCAGCCGUCGCCGCUGCCGCCACCGACGGCUUGGAGAACGCCGAGGCUCGACCGUCGGAGACGAGGGAGCUGCGAGAGGAAUCGAGAAUUUUUGGAGGGAAUAAUGACGCGCGGCGCGACAGAGUAAACCCAAAAGACAUAAUACGAAAAAGGACACGCCGCGUGGAACGGGGAAAAAUAACACGCGCGUGUCCGGAAACGUGUGCCGAAUCCUAGCGACAGCAGAACCCCCUCGCAAAGAAAAACCCCUUCUGUAUAAAGAGUAAGUAUAUAAAUAUAUAUAUAUAAACAAAUAAAUAGAUAUAUAUAUAUGUAGGUAUAUAUAUAUAUAUAUAUGAACAUAAGAUAUAUUAUGUAUAAACGGCACGAAGAAUCUAUGUAUAUCAGAGAGACAGAGAUAUUCUAUCGCGAAGGGUUGUAGUUUGUAUUAUAUAUACAUAUACAUAUACAUAUAUAUACAUAUAUAUAUAUAUACAUAUAUACUAUAUAUGUAUGUUACUUGCGAUGUUUCCAACGUCGAGGCACCGUUUCGCGGCUAAAAAGAAGGAAAAGAAAAAAAUGGAGCAAACUGGAACUAUUGUAAACGGCGAGAAAAUAGGGUCUGUCAUUUUAUUAUUUGUCAUUAUUACGAUGGUUUUAUUAUUACCGAUACUAUAUUAUUCGUCGUCUCUUUAUUGUCAUUUAUUAUUAUUCUUUAUUAUUACCGACUUAUUAUUAAUAUUACCUAUUAUUAAUGUUAUUAUUGCCGUUCCGUUGCCCGGGGGCUAAUCGCAGAGCGAGAUUCUUGCGUUGAUCCGUCGCCGCCGGGCACACCGCGCGCCGAAAUCGCUUCUCUCGUUUCCCUUUUCUCUCUUUUCUCUUUUUCUCCCCUGUGUUGUUUGUUACACGCUUUCGCGCUCCUCGCCUCGCCACCGCCGAGUCUCGCCGUUUCUUUCCUCGGUCCUCUCUCGCCGAGGCCCCGGUUCUCCACCGCCGCGAGAGGAUCCUCUCCGGCGAACGAUCCGACAGAAAAAACGCCCGUGGUUCACGCUCUGCGAUUGGCUCCGCGCGCGAUUUUUCCGCGACCGGGUAAUCGAUUCCCGGCUGUGUUGUCCCCCAUGGUUCGACGGGUCUUCGGCGCCGCGUUGGCGGGCCCGUCAAUUUCACCCACCCCCGUGUCCUUCCGAUCGGCUGUACAUAUUAGGAUUAGCGCGACGAAAUUUCGGAUCCGUUCACGGUCAGGAUAUCGCCCGGCUAAGGGAACCACCAAACCAGAAACCAUUCCCCGACUCCGCUUUCAACCGCGCGAUUCAGCGGGGUUCUUCCCGCGAGAACAAAGCCUCCGCUUCGGUUUUAUCGCGCAUUCUCUCUCGGCCGGUCCCCCGCAGAAACUGAAAUUAAAGUUAACGAAGCCGCGGCGGCGGCGGCGGCGGCGGGAUCACUUUCGAAGACCGUGUUCCCGCGUCGAAAUCGAUUCCUCUCGUUUUCCGCGCGGAACGGAAGCUCUCUCGUGUUUAUCUUCCAGCGUCGAACCGCUCGUUACCCGUCGAAGCUCGAGCAAGAAACGAAUAUUCUCUCUCCUGCGACGCGUUUCGCAACGGACAGGUAUGUCGUCGAGCGGUGCGCGUCCUCGGGCCUCCUUUUUUAACGCCUCUGGUCGCGUAGGUGGUCACGCGGUCCGUUCCUUCGGUCCCUUCGCUUUUUCUCGCGCGCUUCUCCGUCGUCGAAUCUCCUCUCCUUCCAGCGCCGCGGUUGUUGUCGCUGCUCUCGGGGUACAGGCCGUCGCAUGUUCCUCGCGCAAAGCCUACGCGAAAACGAACCAGC